AUGGCGGAUGAGAACGAGGAGGCCCCCGCGGAUGUGGAGGAGGAGGACGAAGAAGACGGCGAAGAGGAGGACGCGGAGAGCCCGGCGGAUGACAGCGUCCCGGCAGAGCGCAGCGGUCACGUGGCCGUCAGUGACGGGACCCGGAUGUUUGUGUGGGGAGGAUACAAGAAUGCUCCCGUUCGAGGAUUUUAUGACUUCUAUUUGCCAAGAGAUGAAAUCUGGGUUUACGACAUGGAGCACGGAACAUGGCAAAGGAUGAAGACGAAGGGGAUUGUCCCUCCCUCCAUGUCUGGCAGUUGUGCAGCCUGUGUGGACAAUGUGCUGUACUUGUUUGGAGGCCAUCACGCUCGUGGAAACACUAACAUGCUAUUUAUGUUGAAUCUGAGCACCAGAGAUGGUGAAUUUUUCUGGGAAAAGGUGGAGUGUAAAGGAACUCCGCCGUCACCGAAGGACAAGCUAGGGGUCUGGGUGUAUCAGAACAAGCUGGUCUACUUUGGCGGCUAUGGCUACUUUAGAGAAGAUACAGUCGGGACUUUUGAGUUUGAUGAAACUUCAUUUGGCAAUGCAGGACAUCCAAGGGGCUGGAACAAUCAUGUUCAUCAGUUGAAUCUAGACAGCUUUACCUGGAGUCGCAUUGUACCUACGGGUAAAUGCCCCUCUCCUCGUGCAGCUCAUGCUUGUGCCACAGUUGGAAAUCGAGGUUAUGCUUUUGGCGGCAGAUACAGAGACUCCAGAAUGAAUGAUCUGUACUAUCUAAAUUUUGAUACCUGGGAGUGGCAUGAAGUGAUUCCACAAGGUGUUAUCCCAGUGGGAAGGUCUUGGCAUUCGUUGACACAAGCAUCAUCUCAUACCCUUUUUCUUUUUGGAGGAUUUACCACCGAUAAACAACCUCUGAGUGACACGUGGCUGUACAAUCUCAGGACUAAUGAGUGGAUUCCUUUCCAGAGCUGCCACAGUGAUAAACCCAGGCUGUGGCAUACUGCUUGUGCCAGUAAAGAGGGUGAAAUAUUUUGUCUUUGGGGGAUGUGCCAACAAUCUGCUCGCCCACCACAAAGCGGCCCAUAGUAAUGAAGUGCUUGUGUUUUCAGUUCAGCCACGGUCUCUUGUAAGGCUUUGUCUAGAAACGGUAAUCUUCUACAAAGAGAUCCUGUCUGGCUCCUUGGACUGUCUACCCAAACAUCUCCUCCACAGCGUCCAUCAGAGAUUUGCCAGUGUCAACACUUGCGGUUCAUGA